AACUAUGCUUUCAUAAACCUCAUGUCUGCAAAGUUUUGAGCUUUAGGUCUAAAAAGAGCUCUUUUAAGACUGUUCCUUACUGUGAUAUCAAGUUUCCGCUUCGCCAAAUGCUUCUGGUUUCACCACCUUCCCCUCCUUGGGUAGUUGGUGAAAGUUGAGAGAUCUUCCGACUUGAAUCUCUAAAUUCUUCAGAAUUGAAAAUGGGGUUGCAGCUGACUAUUCUUCUCUUUAUGCUGCAUUUAGUUUUCAGUGCUCCACAACUUCAUGAGUAUAGAGCCACGAAUCUGCACCAUUCCAGAAGUCAUUCAAGUAUUGCGCUUCCACCAUCCCAGUCAUCUCCUAGAGUUCCUGCAAGUAUUGCAAUUCCACCUUCCAAGUCAUUAUCUCCUGGUUCUGUACGUUCUCCAAUAUCACAUCAUAAGCAUCACCAUUCCAGAAGAAAGUCCAGAAACCCAACCCCUACUUACAAUCAUGGAGGUCAUUCGGUUUUUCCUGCACAUCCUCCUUUUCCUUCUCCAAAGACCAGGAAAUUGCCUGCACCUGCACCUGCACCGUUGCGAGCAUUUUUAUCAGUCCCCUUGAAUGCUCCUUCUCCUUCGCCUAGAGUCCUACCCCUUCAUUCAAAGCAUACGAAGGAUCCAUCCCCAUCACCGGUUUUGGGUUUGCCACCUCCACCUCCUAAUAACGAUUGCAUGUCUCUGACUUGUUCAGAGCCCCUUACAUAUGCGCCUUCUGGAUCACCUUGUGCUUGUGUUUGGCCCCUACAAGUUAAGCUCGACCUUGGCAUUGCAAUAUACAAGUUUUUUCCUCUGGUCUCAAAGCUUGCUGAGGAAAUUGCAGCCGGUGUUUCACUUAAUCGGAGCCAAGUUCGCAUUGUGGGAGCUGAUGCAGCUAACCACCAACUAGAGAAGACCAAUGUUCUUAUAAACCUAGUACCUGAAGGAGUAAAUUUCGAUGAUGCAACCGCAUUUUCAAUAUAUAAGAAAUUCUGGCACAAGGAGAUUCUCACAGAUGCUUCCCUCUUUGGAUCCUAUGAAGUGCUCUAUGUUCAUUAUCCAGGUCUUCCACCAUCUCCGCCUUUGGCUUCCUCAAGCAUCUCUAGUAUGGAUGAUGUGCCAUACCCUGGCUAUGACUACAAUGGAACAAUAAUGAAACCUUUAGGAGUAAAUGUACCAGUGAAUGGAAAGCACGGGAGUAGUGAAAGAGGAAGCAUGAUUAUAAUAAUUGUGUUGUCAUGUAUAACUGUGUCUGUUCUAUUCAUUGGAGCUGCCUGGCUGUAUCUGUUGAAAUGUGGAUCUUGUGUUCAACAACCUGAACAUAUCCCAGAUGAUUCAAUCCUAUCAUCUUCAAAACCAUCAGGGGCUAUUAAGUCAUUGACCUAUGGGAGCAUACCAGGUUCUAGAUCAAUGUCAUUCAGCUCUGGAACAAUAAUAUAUACAGGAUCUGUUAGGACCUUCACUUUGAAUGAAAUAGAGAAAGCAACAAACAACUUUGAUGCUCUCAGAAUAAUAGGAGAAGGCGGCUUUGGGCUUGUCUAUAAAGGUUUUCUACAUGAUGGGAGGGAUGUGGCUGUGAAGAUUCUGAAAAGGUAUGAUCAGCAUGGUGGCCGUGAAUUCUUGGCAGAAGUUGAGAUGCUUAGCCGCCUUCACCACAGAAAUCUAGUCAAACUGAUAGGUAUAUGCAUGGAGAAUCAAACACGCUGCUUAAUCUACGAGCUUAUCCCUAAUGGAAGUGUGGAAUCCCACUUGCAUGGUUCUGACAAGAAAACUAGUCCACUUGAUUGGAAUGCUAGGAUGAAGAUUGCACUUGGUGCAGCACGGGGACUGGCGUAUCUCCACGAAGAUUCAAAUCCCUGUGUGAUACACAGAGACUUCAAGUCUAGCAACAUCUUGUUGGAACAUGAUUUUACACCAAAGGUUGCGGAUUUUGGAUUGGCUAGAACAGCACUGGACGGGGGAAAUAAGCACAUCUCCACACAUGUUAUGGGAACAUUUGGGUACCUGGCGCCUGAAUAUGCAAUGACUGGCCAUCUUCUUGUCAAAAGUGAUGUGUACAGCUAUGGAGUUGUACUCCUUGAACUCCUAACAGGAAGAAAGCCCGUGGAUUUUUCACAGCCACCCGGUCAAGAAAACCUGGUGGCUUGGGUUCGUCCGCUACUCACAAGCAAGGACGGUUUACAGACAAUCAUAGACCCGGUUUUAGAGAGCAACGUGUCUUUUGAAGCUGUGGUAAAAGUUGCAGCCAUUGCAUCGACGUGUGUGCAGCCAGAAGUCUCGCAACGCCCUUUCAUGGGUGAAGUCGUUCAGGCCUUGAAGUUGGUUUGCUGUGAGUUUGACGAUACAAGCAUUAUGAGAUCAAGGAGCUUCCAUGAAGAGAGUGUUCUAAUCGAUGGAGAUGGGAAAUUUUCAAGAAUUUCAGGUGAGAUGAUGGGUUUCCAGACAUUAACAGAAUCAAAGUUGCUCAGUCCAUUAUCAGAUCAGGGAUUUGAGUCCUUCAGAAGGCAUUCUGAUUCAGAGCCUCUCACCACGGAGAAAAAAAGGAAGGUAUGGCAGAAAUUGCGAAGUUCAUCAGGAGGAAGCGUUAGUGAGCAUGGAUUUUCAAACUUCCCCACAUCUUGAAUAUAAGUUCUGAUAAAAUGAAGGUGUGCUCAUUACUGAAAGGGGGAUGACCAUAUUUUAAGCUGCAAACAUGAAUCAAAGCAUCGAACAGUUUGGGUGGCUCUCGGUAAGAGUCGUGGAAAAUGACUUUUUCUAGACAGUCGAAGUCUCCAAGAAGCCAAUUUGGAAGAGACAAAUCUGCGGAGCAAAGCGAAUAAAACAUUUGUAGCAAUUGAACUAAUCUGUUCACCUCGUAGUAUAGAAUUGGGAGCUGUAUCGUCAUUCUAAAGCUCCUGAAGUAUCAUCGGACAUGAAGAUCCAGUAACAGAAAUUCAGUAGUGAAAUCAAACAUUGGAGAUCUUUAAUUACAUUUUCGUUGGUCAUAUAGAGAGAUACUUUCUUCCUUUAAUGUGAUUAUUUAGUUAUUUUAAUUCAUUUUAUGUUGUACAAGGUAAAUAUUUGAGAGUAGUUUUGUCUUUAAAAGAAAAAAGUAAAAGUGAUCAUUUAACGUGGAGGCAAACAUUCCACAUAUCUUAUUUUAAAGUUGAAGGUCAUUCGUCUUGAUUAUAAAUAAACUACAAUAGGCUUCACA